CAUUUAGCUACAGCCAUGUCGAGGUUGGGCAAGAUAGAGGAGUUUGACGCCAAGGUUCAGACGUUCGAUUCGUACUUGGAGCGUUUCGAGCACUUUGUCAGUGCGAAUGACAUAGCUCAAGAGAAGAAACUCUCAGUAUUUUUGACAGUGAUCGGGGCGGAAGCGUAUGAAGUACUCAAGAAUUUGGUUGUACCAUCACUUCCUGGGGAGAAGACUUUUGAUGAAGUCAAGGUUCUAUUGAAAAACCAUUACAGCCCCCCGAUAUCAAUUAUAGCUGAGAGGUGCAGGUUUAACCGCAGGGUUCAGCUUGAGCACGAAAGUGUAGAAGACUUUAUCAUUGAGAUAAAGCAUUUGGCUCGGAAAUGUGAUUUUGGGUCCUUUCUUAAAGACGCUAUGCGUGACAGGCUUGUGGCAGGAAUCCGCAGCGAAGACAUUCAAAGGGCUCUAUUCACAGAAGAAAACCUGGGCUUUGAAAGUGCUUGCAAAAUUGCUCUUGCGCGAGAGCUAGCAGCCAAGCAAACAGCAAUACUGCAAGCAGGAGGGACAAACUCGGCUGUAAAUGCCCUCAAAUAUGAAGUGAACCCGGCUACUCAAAAGAAAAGAUCAAUGCAGCAGAAUGAGAACAAAAAGACCAAGUGUUGUUGUUGUGGUAAGGCGCAUGACUUCAACAACUGCUGGUACAAGAACUAUAAAUGCAACCGGUGCUCUCAAGUAGGUCAUCUGCAGAAAAUGUGCCCAAGAAAGGCUCUACACAAAAGAACGCAUAUCGUGUCGGAAUCAUCCAGUGAAGAUGAGCACACGAUGUACGCGUGCCACGAUUCAUCUGGCAAGAAGAAGGGCUACAUAGUUACCAUGACCAUAGAAGGAAACAGCGUUCCUAUGCAAGUCGACACUGGUGCCGCGGUGUCUGUAGUCCCUGAACAGGUGUAUCGGUCGACUUUUCCGCACGUUAAAUAUGCCUCGACCAGUUGGUUCACCACCAUCACUGUCUUCGAGCACCGCUGCAACAACUUCGAGGGUUCCCAGCCCGACUCUCCAGCCCCUUUUGCCACAUCACUCGCCGCCAAGUGGUCCUCAUCUGGAUACCACAGCUGCAGAUGCAUCUCCCGUGCCUUUGAGGCGAAGUGCUCGGGAGCGUCGUCAGCCGAACUGGUUUAA